CGACGGAAUAUAGAUUAUAACACUUGGAGAAAACUAUUUUUACUUUUGCGAGUGUAUGCUACAAAUACUGAAAAAUAACAUUUUUAAAUCCUACCCUACGUAAUAAAUUAAUUGUACUUCAUUUUUGGUAAAUAAGACUUAUAAACUAUGUAGCUAAAAGUGCGCUAGAAAAAAGCCGAAUGGGCGCCGCUGGAGCUCACCCACACAGACGUCCGUCGAGUACGCGCCCCGUGAACACGCAAUACCAGCGCACUCGAAUGAAAUCACCGGCAAACAAAAUAGAGAAAACAGAACGCUCGUCGAAACUGCGACUCAUUUGCAGUGCGAACUCCGAAAAUGGCUGAUCGUCCGUGUGCUGGGAACCUGCUGCGCAUCGCCGGAGCCGUGAUCCUGCCCAACCUGGGUGGCAUCUACAACGGGCGGCUGACCAGGCAGCACCUGCAGAGCUGGUACGCGAACCUGAAGUUCCCGUCCUUCAAGCCGCCCAACGCGGUCUUCGCCCCCAUGUGGAUCUCCCUGUACGCGGGCAUGGGCUACGGGUCCUACCUGGUGUGGCGGGAUGGCGGCGGAUUCUCCGGCGAGGCGGCCAGGCUGCCCCUCAUCGCCUACGGCACCCAGCUGGCCCUCAACUGGGCCUGGACGCCCAUCUUCUUCGGGCAGCACAACAUCAAGGGCGCGCUCAUUGACAUAGUCGCACUUACGGCCACGGCUGGGGCCUGUGGAGUGCUGUUCUACAGGGUCAACAAGACCGCCGGGCUGCUCUUCGUGCCCUACCUGGCCUGGCUGGGAUUCGCCACGGCCCUCAACUACGCCAUCUGGAAGCUGAAUCCCGAGGAGAAGAAGCCGCAGGAGGAGGAGAAGCCCUCUGGCAGCGGCCACGCCAAGGCCAACUAGGCCCGGAAGGCCCUAAAUCCAUUAGUUUUAAGUUUUUCGCACAAUGUGUCACGGGAUUGCAACUUAUCGAACCAGGGCUGGCCAGUCGGAUAAGAUAUCGUUAUGUAGUGCCUCGAGAGAGCGGUAAUUUCAAAGUGUGCUAUCUCUAACUGAAGAAUUCCAAAUUAUAUGUUACCUAAAAAACCAAAA